GUGCAUUGAACAAGCCGAAUUUGUUUUUGUCCAAAAUAUCUAUAAAAAUAGUUAAUUAUUAAUAAAGCAGACCCCCUUGAAUUAAAAAUGAAGCUCAGCACUUAUAAUUUUCUGACGUCAAUGGCCAUUAAGGGUGUCAAAGUGGGAUAUCCACUAAAACUGAGGAUAACAAAAAAGGACCUAGUUGAAAGCGAAUUUAAUCCAACAUUUAUAGAGCGACUGCUGCCAAAGCUAGACUGGUCAGCUGUUCAUGCAGCCGCACAACAGGCGGAACUGGCCGAUGACAUUCCCGCGGAGCAACCAGAGAAUAUUGCAGAAAACGAGCUGCUUAUGCAGAAACUGCAUCAUCUGCUUUUUGAAAUUGACGUGCUUGAGGGAGAGAUGGAGUGCCCAGAAACGGGACGUGUAUUUCCCAUAACGGACGGCAUACCCAACAUGCUGCUAAACGAGGAUGAAGUUUAAUCCAAGCCAGAAUGUUUGUUAUU